GUAAAUAUGAGGGUUAUAACUUAUCUUGGAUUCACUUUGUUAUCUAUACUAAUACAGUUUAGUGUUAUGGAUUAUAUUCAAGAUAAUUUAAAAUUGGAAGAAGAACAAACUGAUAUCAAUGUUACUAGUCGAAAGAAAAGGUAUGAUGAUAUGUUUAAAAGUAUCAAACAAACACCACAUGCAUUAUACUACCGCACUCAUUUAAACAAGGAUUCACUUAAAGUCUCCCAAUCCAUGAAAUCCUAUAGUAAUUUAUCAGUGCCUGAAACGGAAAUGUCUACUAUGAUCACAAAUAGUAUUAUAGAUGAAUUUUAUUAUGAAAAUAUAUCAACAACAGAGGAUGCCUUUACCACAGAGACAUUGUAUUCCACAACUGAAAUAGAUAAUGUCACAGAAAUAACUUUUUAUAAUAAGAAAAAUAAAACCACAUUGCAACCUUAUGUACCAAAGGAAAAUCUAGAAAAUAAAAAUUGUGGUUGUGAUUUGUUGUAUAGAGUAUGUGAUAUUAGUUGCUGCUGUGAUAAUGAUUGUUCUGAAAAGGAUAAAAAGCUAUUUGUGAAUUGUAAUGAUAUUUCAAGUCAUCAUGUUGAAGAAUCACAAUAUGCAUGCUUUGAAGCUCAUGGUUUUGAAGUAUCUCAGAGAGAGGAUGAAAUAAAUUUGUAUGACAACUUGUUUUGUAUUGUAAAGAAUAAUGUCCCUAGUAAAAUAAACUUAAAUAGUAAAUGGCCUGAUUUUAAUGCAGCUGAUAAAGCAUAUAAAUGGCACAAAACCGAUACUUCAAGAAACACAGAGUUUGAAAGGAAACCUUAUGUAUAUGGAGAUACUAUAUGGGUUUUAAAAGAGGGAUCGAUUUGGUAUAUAGAUAUGCCAUCUCCAACAGUUAAUAAUUAUUGUAGUGGAAGGAGACCUAUAUUAUUUUUGAAAGAGGAAAAUAUUGAGUGUACAGUGCUUCUGAAAGACUUAGAAAUGUUUCAAAUAUUUAGAACGUCUCAGGAGUCUCAUUGUAUUAGUGUGACAGAGCAAUCACUUAAUUCGUCUGUCUUGAAUUGUUCUACACUUCACUGCACAAAUUGGUCUAUUGUGAUAUGCGAUGAAGACGGCAGCAAGUGCAACUACUACAAUAAAACUGUACACGAACCUUCUUGUAACGAAAGUUAUUGCGUUAAUAUUGCACUGCAAUUGGAGUAUAUUUUUUACUAUUAUGAUUCUAAAAUAACUAAUGUCACUAUAAAAUUGUUCGUAAAGAAUGUUGCGAACCAUAUUCCUUUCAUGACGCAGGUAGUUAAUGUGAGAUUCAUCAUGGCGAAUGUUUCGAUUGAUGAGAUAAUCAGAAUUAGUGGUAAUCCGGGAUAUUUAUAUGGUCUCCCUGUAAUCUCAUCAGCAGCUGAAAGUAACCAUACAGCGCAAUUUUUCAACAAUACAUACAGGCAGAAACGUUAUUUGACGCAACUAGAUAAUAUCGAUGGCCUGUGCGUAUCUUAUAAUAAGACAGUUAACUUUGUCGAUUUUGGGAUUAACAAGAGAAUUAAAUGUAGAUAUAUUCACAGUAAAACCGAUUGGUUAAAAUUAAACAGUACGGACGCUUGCGAAGAUAUAGAAAACCAAAUAAAACAGCUAAGUGGACUGACAGAGAAAAUAUAUGUAUCUGCUUUGGGAAAUCCUGCAGAUAACAAAGAAAAGGACUGGAUUCUUAUCACUAGUAACAUUCAAGAGAAAGAUGUUACAUAUGGACAGUUUUUGGCAAAUAAUUCAAGAUUGCGUUGUAACAACUUCAUUGUAAGAAUCUCAUAUGUUUUUACAUUUGCCGAUGUCAGUGAAGUGGUUACGAAAAGGGAAUACAAAAUAAUAGCUGUGAAUACUGAAGUAGCUACGCAUAACGUGACAAUCAGUGCGGAGGACGUUUCAACAGUACUGACCAUAGAUACAAACUUUGUUGAUGGAACAAAACCAAAAGAGUACGAAUAUGCAGGGGGUCCGCAUUUAAAUAUAUAUUUGCCCAAAGAUUUCUUCUUUCCGUUUCCAUCCGACGCAAAUUGCACUAAUAAGCUUAGUGUGCCUCUAAUGACGCUAUGUUUCACAAUUUACUAUCAAAUAAAAUAACUGUUGAUAAUAGCUAAUAAUUUUUAUUUUCAAAUAAUUUAAAUACUUUUGUUACUUCUAUCACUUCUAACUUGGCAUCCGCCUUCGUGGACUUACGGAUCUCGACUAUGUUGGCCUAUGCGACGUAGGUGUAGACCU